AUGAACARGAAAAUCAGCCAUCAAAAGUCGCCUUCUAAGCUUUCUGUUGGGCUAUCAAUCCUUGCUGUGCUGUUGUGCUGUUGCGAAUUUGUUCGCAUUGAAAUGAUGCUGAAAGAACAAAAGAACACAAUCAGAAAGAUGGAGGAGAAAGCAAUGAAGACAAAUGAACUCCAGGACCGAAUGUACCAGAUGGUGAUGAAGCAAAUCAAACAAUUGGAAGCAAAGAUGAAUUUGAUCAACGCUGAUAAAGGACAUGACAGGACGAAGAGAGAAAAAAGAGAUGACUCAUCCCAGUCGAGAAAAAGUGAGAGAAGUCAAUCAGACGAUCUUCUUCAGUAUAUUCCAACAAUUGUGCAGGCAAUUGGUGCCUUGCAAAUUGAGAAAAAGAUAGCAGGUCCUCCAGGCCCUCAGGGAGAUCGAGGCCCUCAAGGAAAAACUGGACUGCCCGGAACUCCUGGUCCUCRAGGUCCCAAAGGAGAUCCUGUUCUGCCAGUAUCUCCUCCAUCUAUUGUAAUGACUCCGCGCAGUAAUCUAUCCGUCUUUGAAGGCCAGUCUGCUGUAUUCAAUUGCUCUGUUAGUAGUAAUCCAGAAUCUGUGAUUAAAUGGAGUAAGGUAGAUGGUGAAGUUCCUAAACGUAGAGCAACAGACACCGGUUCUGGCUUCCUAAAGAUCGUAAACACUGCAUAUCACGAUGCAGGUGUCUACAUAUGCAAAGCUGAAAACAUUGUGGGGAAAAAUCAAAGCAAAGUAAGGCUUGAGGUAUAUUUUCGUCCUCGCAUAAUUUCAAAUCAUAGGCAAACCAUCUAUGUGAGGAUGGGAGAUAACAUAACAUUGCCAGCAUGCCACGUUAAAGGACAUCCUGCACCUGAGAUCGCGUGGUCCAAAACUAACGGAUCAUUAAGUAAUCGUACAGUUAUCAAAGAUCAGCGUUUAACAAUCAUCAAAACCAAUAAAGAGGACUCCGAUAAAUACUUGUGUGAAGCUAACAAUGUACUUGGUUCUGAUAAAGCUCAAGUAUUCAUUGUACAUGUUGUUAAAGUACCAAUCUUCACCACAAAUCCGCCUGCAACUUAUGUUUCACGCGAAGGUUUGACAUUAACCCUCAACUGCAGUGCUGAAGGUGAUCCCGACCCUGUCAUCCAGUGGAGAAAAGAGGAAGGAGAUUUACCUAUCGGCAGAUAUGAAAUAAGGGAUACAUCUUUGAUUCUGAGAGACUUGAAAGUAGAAGAUGCCGGAGUGUAUGUGUGCACUGCAACUAUUGCUGGUAUAUCUGAUGCUACUACAAAGACAAAACUUACUCUUAAACCAGCUGAAUGCUCAAGCAUUUACAAACAAGGGGAGAGACAAAACGGUGUGUACACUGUAUGGCCUGAUAACCAGGGUAAGAUCAAAGUCUACUGCGACAUGAAAACUGAUGGUGGGGGUUGGACUGUGUUCCAAAGAAGAAUGGAUGGAUCAGUAGACUUUUAUCGCAACUGGACUGACUACAAAAGAGGCUUUGGAAAUCUGACUGGCGAGUUCUGGUUGGGUAACGACUUCAUUCAUCGACUGACGGCAGUGAAACAUUCCAGUCUUCGCGUCGAUCUUGGUGAUUGGGAUGGAACUAAGAUAUAUGCCAAAUAUGGGCAAUUUAAAAUUGAAGAUGAAUCGCACAACUAUACACUGAUGGUGUCCUUGUAUUCAGGUAAUGCUGGUGACUCGUUGGUCUACCACACCAAUAAGGAUUUUACAACAAAAGAUAGGGAUAACGACGAGCGGGCUGGAAGUAACUGUGCUGUUCUCUACCAUGGUGCUUGGUGGUACUGGAAAUGUUAUCGGUCGAAUUUGAAUGGUAAAUACUUGAUUAACAAAACGGAUAAUAAAGGAGUUAAUUGGGAUAAAUACAAGAAUGAAUGGUCUCUGAAAACUACUGAAAUGAAAUUACGACCAUCAAGUUAGUCCAUUCAUUCUAGACCUAAGUCUAAUAUUGUGUUUCCAUCAAAUUUCUCGUCAAAACUAAGACGUUGGUCUUAACUUUGAGAGCUUGUGACAUACAUGUACUGCAAUAAUCAAAAGUGUCAACAAAUCGUAUGUAAACAUAUAUCAAUAAUU